AUGCCUGGUAAAUAUGCUGUGCAGAGGGUGGUGGAAGUUGUCCAGUAUGGAGCGCAGAGGGUGGUGGGUGUUGUCAAGGAUGGAGAGCAGAGUUAUGGAGAGCAGAGGGUGGUGAGUGUUGUCCAGUAUGGAGAGCAGAGGGUGGUGAGUGUUGUCCAGUAUGGAAAGCAGAGGGUGGUGAGUGUUGUCCAGUAUGGAAAGCAGAGGGUGGUGGGUGUUGUCCAGUAUGGAGAGCAGAGGGUGGUGGGUGUUGUCCAGUAUGGAGAGCAGAGGGUGGUGGGUGUUGUCCAGUAUGGAGAGCAGAGGGUGGUGGGUGAUGUCCAGGAUGGAAAACAGAGGGUGAGGGUGGUGAGUGUUGUCCAGUAUGGAGAGCAGAGGGUGGUGGGUGUUGUCCAGUAUGGAAAACUGAGGGCGGUGAGGGUUGUCCAGGAUGGAGAGCAGAGGGCGGUGAGUGUUGUCCAGUAUGGAAAACUGAGGGCGGUGAGGGUUGUCCAGGAUGGAGAGCAGAGGGCGGUGAGUGUUGUCCAGUAUGGAAAGCAGAGGGUGGUGGGUGUUGUCCAGUAUGGAGAGCAGAGGGUGGUGAGUGUUGUCCAGUAUGGAAAGCAGAGGGUGGUGGGUGUUGUCCAGUAUGGAGAGCAGAGGGUGGUGGGUGUUGUCCAGUAUGGAGAGCAGAGGGUGGUGGGUGUUGUCCAGUAUGGAGAGCAGAGGGUGGUGGGUGAUGUCCAGGAUGGAAAACAGAGGGUGGUGAGUGUUGUCCAGGAUGGAGAGCAGAGGGUGGUGGGUGAUGUCCAGUAUGGAGAGCAGAGGGUGUAUGGAAAACUGAGGGCGGUGAGGGUUGUCCAGGAUGGAGAGCAGAGGGCGGUGAGUGUUGUCCAGUAUGGAAAACUGAGGGCGGUGAGGGUUGUCCAGGAUGGAGAGCAGAGGGCGGUGAGUGUUGUCCAGGAUGGAGAGCAGAGGGUGGUGGGUGUUGUCCAGUAUGGAGAGCAGAGGGUGGUGGGUGAUGUCCAGGAUGGAGAGCAGAGGGUGGUGAGUGUUGUCCAGUAUGGAAAACUGAGGGCGGUGAGGGUUGUCCAGGAUGGAGAGCAGAGGGUGGUGAGUGUUGUCCAGGAUGGAGAGCAGAGGGUGGUGGGUGUUGUCCAGUAUGGAGAGCAGAGGGUGGUGGGUGAUGUCCAGUAUGGAAAGCAGAGGGCGGUGAGGGUUGUCCAGGAUGGAGAGCAGAGGGCGGUGAGUGUUGUCCAGGAUGGAGAGCAGAGGGUGGUGAGUGUUGUCCAGGAUGGAGAGCAGAGGGUGGUGAGUGUUGUCCAGGAUGGAGAGCAGAGGGCGGUGAGUGUUGUCCAGGAUGGAGAGCAGAGGGUGGUGAGUGUUGUCCAGGAUGGAGAGCAGAGGGUGGUGAGUGUUGUCCAGGAUGGAGAGCAGAGGGCGGUGAGUGUUGUCCAGUAUGGAAAGCAGAGGGCGGUGAGUGUUGUCCAGGAUGGAGAGCAGAGGGUGGUGAGUGUUGUCCAGGAUGGAGAGCAGAGGGCGGUGAGUGUUGUCCAGGAUGGAGAGCAGAGGGUGGUGAGUGUUGUCCAGGAUGGAGAGCAGAGGGUGGUGGGUGUUGUCCAGGAUGGAGAGCAGAGGGUGGUGAGUGUUGUCCAGUAUGGAGAGCAGAGGGUGGUGGGUGUUGUCCAGUAUGGAGAGCAGAGGGUGGUGGGUGAUGUCCAGUAUGGAGAGCAGAGGGUGGUGGGUGAUGUCCAGUAUGGAGAGCAGAGGGUGGUGGGUGUUGUCCAGUAUGGAAAGCAGAGGGCGGUGAGUGUUGUCCAGGAUGGAGAGCAGUCAGUCAAGGGUCCUUCUCUGUGCUACUGUCACUGGGGAUGUGAGCCUGACCUCCUCACCAGUCUGUCCAGUCGUGUAGCAUCCCCCUUGUUGAAUAUACCAUUAUAG